AUGCCGAGUCUCAGAAUGAGGAACUUCCUGUCCCGUAUCAAAACCAGAAGAACAAAGAAAACCAUCCGAAAAAACCGAAACAAAAACGCUCACAAACUCAGACACCAGAGCUGCAUUUCUUCCAUUACCAAUAAUUCCCCAUCUCUCAUAGAAGAUGAAGACACAGAAGAAGGUUUCAGCAUCAAAAGUUCUGCCCCAUCACACACUCACGGUGUUCAGCCCUUAGGCAAUCUCUAUUUCAGUCCUGGUUCCAUCAACUCCAGAGACACUGGUUUAGGUAAUCUUCAUACCCUAACUGAUGAACUUGUUCUUGACAUUCUAGGGUUUUUGGAUGGUACCAGCUUAGGUGUUUUGGCUUCUGUUAGCAAAUCAUUUUAUGUUUUCACUAAUCAUGAACCCCUUUGGAGGAAUCUUGUUUUGGAGAAUCUUAUUGAUGGGUUUCAGUAUAAUGGGUCAUGGAAAACUACUUUUGUUUCUUCUUGUUACCCUUUAUUUGAUGGUUCAUGUAGUGCUCUUAGGGGUUUCGAAGUUAGAGACUUUUAUUCUGAUUAUCUUUUCCAGAGUUGGUUGUGUGCGAAUCUUGAAAUGAAACCUGAAUGGUUGGAGAGGGAUAAUAUUGUCCGAAAGAGAGGCAUUUCGGUUGAAGAGUUUGUGAUGAAUUUCGAGGAGGUUAAUAAGCCGGUGUUGUUGGAAGGGUGUAUUGAUAAUUGGGAUGCGUUGAGGAAAUGGGAUAGAGAGUAUUUGAUGAAGUUAUGUGGUGAUGAUGUUAAGUUUGCAGUUGGGCCUGUGGAGAUGACACUCGGAGAGUAUUUUGGAUAUUCAGAUCAAGUUAGAGAAGAACGGCCGCUGUAUCUGUUUGAUCCGAAAUUUGCUGAAAAAGUUCCGACAUUGGGUUCUGAGUAUGAAGUUCCGGUGUAUUUUCAGGAGGACUUGUUUGGUGUUUUGGGCAACGAGAGGCCUGACUACAGGUGGAUUAUUAUCGGACCAGCUGGGUCUGGAUCGUCUUUCCACGUUGAUCCAAACUCAACCUCAGCUUGGAAUGCUGUGAUCAAGGGGUCGAAGAAAUGGAUACUGUUUCCUCCUGAUGUAAUUCCGCCUGGUGUUCAUCCUAGUCCUGAUGGUGCAGAGGUGGCAUCUCCUGUUUCAAUAAUGGAAUGGUUCAUGAACUUUUACGGCGUAACAAAGAAUUGGAAAAAGAAACCAAUUGAGUGCAUAUGUAAAGCCGGGGAAGUCAUCUUUGUGCCGAAUGGAUGGUGGCAUUUGGUGAUCAACCUGGAGGAAUCUAUUGCCAUAACACAAAACUAUGUUAGCAGGAGAAAUUUGUUAAAUGUGUUGGAUUUUCUUAAACGGCCGAACGCGAGCAUACUGGUAUCUGGAACAACGGAUCGAGUGAAUUUGCAUGAUAAGUUUAAGAAUGCUAUUGAGGCUUCUUUUCCUGGAGAAAUUGAUGAACUGACCCGAAAAGAAGAAGAGAAAAAGACCCAGCAAAGGAAACUUUCCAUCUGGGAUUCUAUUGCAGACUCCAGCGUGGGAGCUUUCAAGUUCUCUUUCUAG